AUGACGUCGGAUGGAGCUACGUCGACAUCAGCAGCUGCUGCAGCUGCGGCGGCGGCGAGGAGGAAACCGUCGUGGAGGGAGAGAGAGAACAAUCGGAGAAGAGAGAGAAGGAGGAGAGCUGUAGCUGCGAAGAUAUACACUGGUCUUAGAGCUCAAGGUGAUUAUAAUCUCCCAAAGCAUUGCGAUAAUAACGAAGUGCUCAAGGCUCUUUGUGCUGAAGCUGGAUGGGUUGUAGAAGAAGAUGGUACUACUUAUCGCAAGGGAUGCAGACCUCUAGGAGAGAUAGGUGGAACAUCGUCAAGAAUCACUCCAUACUCAUCACAAAACCAUAGCCCUCUCUCUUCAGCUUUCCAAAGUCCGAUUCCGUCUUACCAAGUCAGUCCAUCUUCCUCAUCGUUCCCGAGUCCAUCGCGCUGUGAACCGAACAACAACAACAACACAUUCUUCCCCUUCCUCAGAAACGGAGGCAUUCCUUCCUCUCUCCCAUCCCUCAGAAUCUCAAACAGCUGCCCCGUGACGCCACCUGUCUCAUCACCAACUUCCAAAAACCCUAAACCUUUACCUAACUGGGAAUCCAUCGCUAACCAGUCCAUGUCCAUGGCUAAACAGUCAAUGGCGUCUUUUAACUACCCUUUCUACGCUGUCUCUGCGCCUGCUAGUCCCACUCAUCGCCAGUUUCAUCAUACCCUGGCUGCUACUAUCCCUGAAUGUGAUGAGUCUGACUCUUCUACUGUUGACUCUGGUCAUUGGAUUAGCUUUCAGAAGUUUGCACAACAACAACAACAACAACAGCAACAGCAACAGCCAUUCUCUGGCUCUAUGGUGCCUACUUCUCCAACUUUCAAUCUUGUGAAACCUCCUGUGCCUCAGCAGAUGAUGAUGUCUCCAAACGCCGCUGCUGCUGCUUUCCAAGAGAUUGGUCAGAGCUCUGAGUUUAAGUUUGAGAAUAAUAGCCAAGUGAAGCCGUGGGAAGGAGAGAGGAUACAUGAUGUUGGUAUGGAGGAUCUUGAGCUUACGCUUGGAAACGGGAAAGCUCGUGGUUGA